UUCUUAGUGACCUAGCAACCAAAAUGCAUAAUGAGAGUGUAAACGGGUCUUAUCAGCAAGGUAGUUUUUUCUCAACUAUAAAAACUGGUGACGAAUUCGAUAUACCGGAUGUAUCUACAAUAUGUGUUCUAGUGGACCGGACCUCGUAUAAUUAUGAUUGAACUUCCUUACAGACCUUAGAACAACUACGUAAUGCCGAAAUGAAAAGCAAAGCUGAUGGAAAGCUGCCUAAUAAUACUGUGGUGGAAUAUAUUCCAUUUGAUGAUAAUUGCACCCAGGGCAAAGCCUCUGGAGAUAUUGUCCGUGCAAAUAAGAUGAUGUGUCCAAACGUUGUAAUAGGACCAUCUUGCGACUACUGCGUGGCUACCGUUGGGAGAACAGCGAAAUACAUAAAUACGCCGGUCCUAACCCCAACUGGAUUAAGUUUUGAUUUCACUGAGCCCAAAACACAAUUCGAUCAUGAAAUGUAUUUAAUGGUUAAUCCAGGAAAAGCAGAUUUUAGAACGUUUUCCGAAUUCAUACAUUUGAUAAUUUACAGCGCAGCAAUUCCAUCUCAGCCAUGGAUCUUGCCAAACGACACAGACGAAAACAACGAUUAUGCCAAGAUAGGAUACCAAGCGGUAUAUACCUUACUUCCUUUAGCCGAAACCGACUUUGAAGCCGUAUCCAAUCAAGACCAAAUGGGAUCAAUGUGGUUAGAUGGAGUGCACGAUGGAUGGUUGAUGUACAUCCAGGCACUGUACGAAUACACAGGACAUUUCAAUUCUUCAAUUACUAAAGUCUUUGCUUGUGAAAUCGUUUACCAAAUGAUGGGUAGGAACUUUACAGAUAAAUAUGACAAACCAUUUCAAAUGAAUUGCAACGGAAUUAGAACACGCGAUGUAGCUUUUGUCCAUAUGAACGCAAAAGGAGAAUACCAAGUAAUGGCAACGUACUCCACGAGAGACAAACAAGUGCACGACUGGAACGUAACUUGGACGUUAGGCGAACCAAAAGAUAUUCCGAAAUGUGGAUUCGAUCUGUCUAAAUGUCCUACGUACGAUGUUGUGAAGAUUCUAGUGGUCACUCUUAUCGUUGUGAUUAUUUUGGGCAUGUUGGUGGUUGCAGUAAUCUUAUACAGACAAUUUAAAAUCAGACACGAAAUAGAAGCGAGGGUUUGGAAAGUGAACUACGAGGAUAUUGUGUUUCCUCCAACGAAGCCCAGAGCUAGUUAUUCAUCGUUUUCGCAAAGGUUAGACGAGGACGGCUUCAGCUUAAUAGGUGACCGACAGAUAUUCGCUACUACAGGCGUGUUCAACGGAAACACAGUUGCCGUGAAAUUCCUGCGCGACUACAAAAUCGAACUCAACCGCGACAACCUCUACGAACUGAAAGCGAUGAAAGACUUGUCGCACGAUAAUUUAGUGAAGUUCUACGGCGCAUGCUUGGACAUACCCAACUGCUUGCUGAACGAGUACUGUUCGAGGGGCAGCCUCCAGGACACGUUGGAGAACGAAAAACUCAAGUUGGACAGGAUGUUUAGAAUCUCUUUGAUCAUGGACUUGGCGCGUGGGAUGCACUACUUGCAUCGCAGCUCCAUUAAGUACCACGGCGCUUUGAAAUCUCCCAAUUGCUUGGUCGAUGCGAGGUUCAAAUUGAAGAUAGCAGAUUUCGGGUUGCAUUUCUUGAGGAUUUACACGAAUACUAACGAGGAUGAAGAUACGCAUCAGUAUUGGCAAAGGCAAUUGUGGACUGCCCCAGAACUUCUGAAUGUGAAAUUAGCAGCUCCGGUGAAAUCGUCACAAAACUCCGAGCUUUUGAAUAUGAAGAACAUUGUCAUAGAAGGAACACAGAAGGGCGACGUCUAUUCCUUCGGCAUUAUUCUGCAUGAGAUUAUGUUGAGAAAGGGGGUCUUCUAUUUGGGAGAAGAGAACGAGAAAAGCGCAAAAGAAAUUGUGGAAGCCGUCAAGAGGGGUCCGGAUGACAGCAAUAAGCCAUUUAGACCUCUGGAUGGUCCAGAAUUUUUAUCUGAAGACGACGAAGUCGCCAACUUGAUGAGAAAAUGUUGGGCAGAAGAUUCAUUAGAUCGCCCCGAUUUUGCUACUCUUAAAAACAAACUGCAUCAACUGAAUAAAAAGGAAAGCGGUGGAAACCUAUUAGAUAAUCUUCUCGCCCACAUGGAGCAAUACGCGAACAAUUUGGAAACCCUUGUGGAGGAGCGUACCAACGAUUAUUUAGAAGAGAAGAAGAAAUGCGAACAAGUUUUGUACCAGUUGCUGCCGAAAAGCGUGGCCGAGCAAUUGAUUAGAGGCGAGCCGGUCAAUGCAGAGACAUUCGAUUCUGUCACGAUUUAUUUCAGCGACAUUGUCGGAUUUACAGAACUGUCUGCUCAAAGCACGCCACUGGAAGUCGUCGAUCUGCUCAAUGAUUUAUAUACGUGCUUCGAUUCCAUCGUUGGUGGAUUUGAUGUCUAUAAGGUAGAAACAAUUGGGGACGCUUACAUGGUGGUAUCCGGUUUGCCAAAAAGGAAUGGUAAUUCACAUGCCAGGGAAAUAGCACGUAUGUCAUUGGCGCUAUUAAACGAUGUCAGGAAGUUUCAAAUUCGUCAUAUGCCCACUGAACCGCUGAGACUCAGAAUUGGGCUGCAUACCGGCCCAUGCGUAGCCGGCGUUGUGGGAUUAAAGAUGCCUCGUUACUGUCUUUUCGGCGACACUGUAAAUACAGCGUCUCGCAUGGAAUCUAACGGGGAAUCCCUACGGAUACACGUUAGCAGCGCCACUAGAGAUAUCUUGGAGGAGUUUGGAACUUUUGAACUCGAGCCUAGGGGUUUAAUAGAAAUAAAGGGCAAAGGUAAGAUGGCCACGUACUGGCUUACCAGAGAACGCAUCCCCAAAGUGACGACCCAAGCAGGAUCGGCUCCAACUCUUGAAAACAAACUCACUAAACUCCCCUCAACCCCCAUUCCCUCAAACGUUAGACGGGGCAUGGCUAACAAAGCUCUGAACUCCAGCGACAAUUUUUUCACUGGCGGGGAAGAAGCUGGGGUUCCCCUUUUGGCGAUCACACCGUCGUCUGACGAUUCCAACGCUUAA